ACAGCCCUCAGGCCUCACAGUCGUAACUGCAAUAAUAUUCUUGUUGCGCACCCACAAUUCCUAUUGCGAAAAUGCCAGCCCGGAUAUCGAGGGCAAGCACCUCUGCAGCUGCGCCCAAGACCGCUAAGAACAAAAACAAGAAGCGAUCCAUCGACGCCUACUCAGCGGCGACGAAAUCACUUCCCGCUCAGCGCAUUCCACGAAACCGCCUUGGUGAGGUAGAAGAUGAGCCUAGACCAAAGCGCCGCCGGGAACAAGACGAGGACGAGGACGAAGAGGAUGCAGAGGAAGAAAAAUCUCGAAGGAAGCGACGUACAAAAGGCGCGCCUGGCGACGACAACGUUGAGUAUGGCAGCGAUAGUUCAGGCAACGAGUGGACGAUGGGUGGUCUCGCCGAGGAUGAUGAGGACAGUGAUAUCGACUCCGACGAAGCAUUCGGCGAAUCGGACGAGGAACGAUUCUCCGGGUUCACGUUUCGAGGAUCUUCCUCAAGUGGCAAGAAUAAAGCUGCCGCGCGAUCAAAGAAGCGAUCGCUCAAAUCCAAAUCAUCCGACGCAGCCAUAGAAUUAGACGAGGAGGAAAGUGAUGAGUUUGAUGACGGUGAUAGUGAAGAUGAUGUCGGUGCAGGUUUUGGGGAGGACGGUGUCGACCUGGCUGCUAUGCUGGACGACGAUGAUGAAGAGAUGUUGGGCUCCAAAGAUACAACGACGCGGGACAUGGGAGAGGAUGACAGCGGCGAAGAAGGCACUGACGACGACAGCGAGGAUGAUGUGGAGUCGGAAAGUGACGAAGGCGACGACGAGGACGAUGUUGCUGACGAGGAGAAGAUUGCACGCAUGAGGGAUCGCUUGGAGGCCAUUGAUACAUACAAGAGUAGGGACAAACAGGCGGCUAUUGCUCCGUAUAGCGCAGCCACGUUGGACGACUUUCUCGCAGACACCGCCUUGGACAAAGAUGUUCUCGCUGGUUCCAAAUCCAAGAAGCGGCAGCUGGCAAAGGCAUCUGCUAUUGCUGCGCCUCUCCCUCCACGACAGCAAAGCCGACUUGAUCGCCAGGCCGCAACUGAAAAGGCAAAGGAGCAACUUGAUCGAUGGAAGGACACGGUGGUCAAGAAUCGGCGAGCUGAUUUUUUGAACUUUCCGCUCCAGAAACCCGAAGAUCAAGCUGCGACGGUCGGUCGCAGCAAGUUCGCACCUGUUGUGGGGGAAGCACCGCGCAAUGAAUUGGAAGAGAGCAUACAACGUAUCAUGGAGGAAUCAGGUCUAGCUUCACAAGGUCUUGUCGGUGAGGGUGAGGCUGCUGGUGACGAGGAGGGCGCACUUCUGAAAAGCGAGGAUCUUUCAGCCAACAAACUACCACUCGAAGAGGUUAUGCGACGACGCGCUGAGCUACGGCGUGCACGAGAGCUUCUAUUUAGGGAGGAAUUGAAGGCAAAGCGCAUUUCCAAAAUCAAGAGCAAGGCAUAUCGCAAAGUACAUCGGAAAGAGCGGGAACGCUUGGCUGAGCAAGAGCGCCAGGAGAAGGCUGAGAUGGGCAUCGAGGACGAAGAUGAGAGGGAGAAAGCAGAUCGAAUGAGAGCCGAAUCAAGAAUGGGAACGAAACACAAGGAAUCCAAAUGGGCAAAGUCGCUCAAAGUCUCGGGCCGAGCGGCUUGGGACGAUGACGCCAGGGACGGGGUUUAUGAGCAAGCGAGACGCAAAGAAGAGUUGAAAAGACGUAUCGCAGGGAGGGACACCUCUGACGGCGAGCAAAGCGACGAAAUAAGCGAAGACGAAGACCAUGACGAUGACAAUCAAGAUAACAAUAACAGUGUCAUGUUGAAAUCACUAGACCAUUUACAGCAUGAUGAUAAUGAGGGCAAAGGAUUGGCCGGAAUGAAAUUCAUGCUCGCCGCGGACGAGCGUCGGCGCAAGGCAAAUGAGGAAGACGUACAGCGUCUGAGGAAAGAACUUGCGGUACAGGACGAGGACGAGGACGAGGAAGACAAGGACAUGGGUGAAGGGCUCGGUCGCGCCAUAUUUGGCCCUAACCCUACCACUUCGCUACCUGUGAAGCAGAAAGGAAAGCGACUUGAGUUUGAGGCGCCAGAAGCGUCUGAUGAGGAGGAUGAUGCUGCGCAGGACGAUUCCGGAAUUCUAGUUAACGGCAGCACGCGACCGAAGAUUGACGCCAGAGGAAACAAACAGAAGAGCGCGCUGUCUAGGGAUCGGUCAAUCACGAAGUCAACAAGUAAUGAUGAGGUCAAAUCCCUCAAGGAGCAAAUAUCUUGGCUGCAAGCACCAAAGGGUAAAGAUAAGAAGAAGGUUGCGGAUGCGCAGGUUGACCUGGACCUUGACCUUUCAAACGCUGUGCCAUCGAAUCUGAACGAGGCACGUCGCAAGCCGCAGACUGUUGACAACAGGACUUCACAAUUGCCCGAGAGCUCAGCUGGCGAUACCUCUGGAUGGACGAGCGUUUCCCUUUCCAAGGAAGCGGCAGACUCGGAUUCUGCCGACGAGGAGGACCCCAACCCCUUGCAGGAGAAUGCCUCGCUUAAGCAACGAGCGUUCGCUGGCGAUGACGUGCAGAUUGCAUUUGACGCGGAAAAGGCCGACCUCGAACUUUCCGAAGAUGAGAAAGAGGUCUCCUCCUACCUACCAGGUUGGGGUGCCUGGGCUGGCGAAGGCCUAUCAAAGAAGGACAAGAAAAUCAACACACGCACCAAACAUAAUCCGCUCUUCAAAAGCAAGACCGCCGGCGUCAAGCGCGCAGAUCGACAGGACGCCAAGCUCAAGAACGUCAUUAUCAGCGAGAAGAACGAGCGGAAAGGACGGAAAUACCUGGCGCCUGUGCUACCUCAUGAGUUCGAAAACAAGGAGCAGUAUGAGAGGAGCCGACGAUUGCCGAUGGGCCCCGAGUGGACUACAAAGGAAGUCCAUCAGAAGUCUACACAACCGAGGGUUGUUGUCAAGGCUGGUGUUGUGGUCAAUGCCUUGGAAAGACCAAUUGUGUAAGGGUUGUGAUGCUCGAGUGGACAGUCCGUCCUGUGCCAUUUCGAUAUAUUGGGGGAUUGUGAUGGAUCGAAUGUCAUCCGGGUGUCAGCCCGCUGUUAGCAUUUUCAAUUACGUCCCGAGCAUUGAUGGACUUUAAUGAUGAUGAUCAUAUAUCUUUGGUUCCACAGAUACAAUUCCUCCUGGAGGUCGCUUACGACAGAGUUCCAUCCUGCUUGGAUACCGACGUUUAAUAUCGCAAGCUCUUAGGGUGUAGUAUACCUCGAGAUGUUCUAGUAGCUCUGGUGUUCUUGAACUCAGGCCAUAUGCAGAUAACAGUCCGGUUUUAUUCCAUA